GCUCACCUCGACUGGAAAUUCACCCAGAAUAGAACCUAGCCUAGCAGUAACCUACAGAAUAUAAACAUAACAUUAAUCAAAAAAUAAAAUCAUUGUUUUGAGGCUGGUAAAUUAAUUAUUUAUACUUCACCUAUGAUGAGUCUACCUGGGAGAAAUAAAACAUCCAUUCUGGAUAAACCGCUCAGCCGUGGCAAAGGGGAAGUAUCUCUCAGUUGUUUUGCACUAUUAUUUUCUGAGGUGGUUCAAUAUUGUCAAAAUAAAUCGCGUACAGUUACUGAUAUUCAAAAUAGAUUACAUAAAUUGGGAUCUAGAGUUGGUGUAAAAUUGAUUGAUCUCUAUUUUGUACGAGAAAGGGGAGGUAAAAGAGAAACAAAAUUGCUGAAUAUUCUUCUCUUCAUAAAAUCAACAAUGUGGAAGUCUCUCUUUGGAAAAGAAGCUGAUAAACUGGAGCAUUCCAAUGACGAUGAAAAUACAUAUUAUUUGAUGGAGAAAGAUCCUUUAGUAAAUCGUUUCAUAUCUGUUCCCAGAGAUAAGACUAGUUUGAAUUGUGCAGUAUUUAUAGCAGGUCUAAUUGAAGCUGUUUUAGUCGGUACUGGAUUUCCAGCUAAAGUCACUGCACAUUGGCAUAAAGGAACAACUUAUAUGUUAAAAUUUGAUGAUGAAGUUUUGUUGAGGGAAAAGCAAAUGGAAUAAGGAAAGAUGAAGUUGUUAAAUUCAGCAUUUACAUGCGUAAUAUAGAUCAUUCUUUUGUUAUGUGUAAUUCAUAUGUAUAUAUAAAAAAUAGAACUAGGCAUGAGACUGGUUA